AUGUGUCAUAAGGAGCCAUCAACAGUUGUUCAUUUUGAGACUAUGCCUGCCUAUCAAGGCGAUGACUUAGUUACGGAUAUCCGGGUGUUACAUCGAGUCUUUUGGAGUUAUUACCCCUGUAUUAGAGCAUUUAGACAUUGUAAACCGGUUGUCCAAGUAGAUGGGACUCACUUGUAUGGAAAAUACAAGGGUCGUCUGUUGGUUGCAGUUUCACAAGAUGGAAACAACAAUAUCGUCCCAAUUGCAUUUGCUAUUGUGGAGGGAGAGACUUCUGAUGCGUGGCAUUUUUUUCUGAGUAACCUGCGACAGCAUGUAGUGACUCGGAAUGGUGUGGGACUAAUCUCUGACCGACACGAAUCCAUCAAUACAGCUGUGGCCCGCAGUAACGGAGCUUGGUCAUCUCCCAGAGUUUUUCACAUGUUUUGCAUCAGACAUAUAGAGUCGAAUUUUUUGAGGAAGUUCAAGGCACCGUACCUACAAAAACUUGUCGUCAAUAUAGGAUAUUCGAGGACGGUCCGCGAGUACGAGUUGCAUUACCAACGUUUACGAGAGCGGGGCGAGGCUUAUACAGCCUGGCUAAACCGAAUACCCUGGGAACAGUAUGCAUUGGCAUUCGACGGUGGUUACCGAUGGGGUCACAUGAAUACGAACCUCGUGGAAUGCAUCAACUCAGUAUUGAAGGGUGUGCACAAUCUCCCCAUCACCGCACUUGUGAAAGCAACUUUCUACAGACUCAACGAGUUGUUCUCUCGAAAAAGAGUCGAGGCGGAUGCUCGGAUUACUGCCGUCUGCCGGCCAUGUUUUUCUGAGAUUGUGACCUCCAAGUUGCAUGCAAAUCAACUUGCAUCAGGAAACAUCCAGGUGAAUUGCUUCGACAGGCAGAAUAAGGUCUUUGAAGUGCGUGAAAUGCCAAGUGGAGUGGAGUAUGUCGUCGACCUCCGUCGACAAUGA